AUGUAUAACAAACGUUUACAAGUUCAGCGAAAAACAAGACCAUCAUUUAAUACAAUGCGUUCAUACAUAAUUGUAGCAUUUAUUGCACUAGCAGUGAUUUUGCAGCAGGCACAAUCGGCCAGUUUGACUAAUUUGCUGGACGAAAAGGAUGGAGGCUUUAGCUUAAAUAAAAGUCCCAUUGGUAAGAGACAAGAUGAGGAGAAGGGCCAGGUGAAAUUGGGCGGUAGUCACAAGGGAGGAGAAGAUGCUUCUGAGGCUGAGGGAGAUGAUGAGGAAGGUGAGCAAAAGGAAGCUAAAGCUCAAGAAGAAGAUGGUGGAAGUGCCAGUGGCGAAGCAGCUCUAAAAGCAUCUGCCAAGGGAUCAGCAGGAAUUGGUGGGGAAGGUGAAGCAAAAGCCGGUGGAAAGCCAAAGAUAGCUAGUGCAAAUGCCGCUGAAGCUGGUAGUGAAGAUGAGGAAGAGGAAAGUGGUGAAACUGAUGAUGAAGUAGCUAAAGCCAUUAAAGCAGCUGGUCAAGCUGGAGCUGAAGGAGAUGAAGCUGCUGCCUCAAAGAAGAAAAAGUCGGAGAAACAGCCAGCUAAAGAAGCUGAAUCUGAAGAAGAAGAUGAAGAAGCAUCCAAGGAUGAAAAAGAACAACAGGCACAGGGUAAGAAAGGCAAACCUCAAGAAGAAAAUGGUGAAGAUGAGGAAGCCGAACCUAAAGACGAUGAAGAGGAGGAAGAGAAACCCAAAAGCAAAAAGCCUAAAGGAGAUAAACCUCAAGUAGAGGAAGAAGAAGGUUCUGAAGAGGAAGAAGCCAAACAGCAAAAGCCCAAAGAAGAAGAAGAAGGAUCUCAAGAAGAACAACAGAAAGAGCAAAAACCUAAAAAGAAGCCAGCCGGAGAUGAAGCCGAUGAAGAACCAGAAGAAGAAGAAGGCAAGGAUGAAGAGCCUGAAGAAGAGGAAGAAGAUGCUAAGAAGGCUGGAGGUCACGCCAAAGGAGGAGCUGGAGCUGAACCUGAAGAAGAAGACGAAGAAGCUGAGGGAGGAGCUGAAGAAGGAGCUGCCAACAAAGCUGAGGGAGGGGCAGAAGUUCAAGGCGAAGCAGCAGGAGAAGCUUUAGAAGGACUUGUAGGACAAGCUAAAGGAGGAGCUGGGGAAGAAUCUCAAGAAGAUGACGAAGAAGCCGAGGGAGGUGCAGCAGGUAAGGCUGAGGGAGGAGCUGAAGGCAAGGCUGAAGGCAAAGCUAAAAUUGGAGCUGGAGCUAAAGGAGGAGCUGAAGCAGAAGCUGAAGAAGAGUCUGACUCAGAAUCAGAGGAAGAUGCUGAAGGUGGAGCUGCAGGAAAAGCUGAAGGAGGAAUUGCUGCACAAGGUAGUAUUGGAGCUGGAGCUGGAGGAGAAGCUUCAGCGGAAGGAGACCAAUCUCAUGAUGGACAACAGAAAAGCAUACUUGAACUAGAACAAGAACCUGCAAUAGAACCUGAAUUAGAACCUGAACAAAAACCCGAAUUAGAACCUGAACUAGAACCUGAAGUACAGCCUGAAGAAGAACAUGAACUAAAACCUGAACAAGAACUUGAUCUAGAACUGAAUGAGGAAUGA